AUGCUUUAUUUUAAUCCUGUAUUUGCUUGGGCUGAAGGGGAGGCUUGCAGAUUCUCCAAAACAGCUCUCCAGUUUAUCUUGUAUACUGUGGGAAGGAUCAAGAUUCUGUAUCUUCUCUGCAAGCUGCCCGAAAGUACAACUGGAAAACCGAAAGAAAUGGAAACUCCAAGUACCAGCCAUUCCAGUCUUACACGAAAACAGAAGAGUGGUGCUCAAAAACGUGGGUUGAAGAAAGCAAGGCUAGCAGAGGAGGCCAAGCUACCAAAAAUCACAUCAUUUUUCAUGAAGACCAGCCAAGGCACUUCACUGGAGGAAGAUAAGGUGACUCAGACUACAGAAACGGCAACAGUGAGUGCUAUCUGCCAUGGUUCAAGUCCUGUAGAGCAGGAACAAGGUGAACAUGCAGCAGAUAUGACAACACAGCAGUCAAUACCCACUGAGCAAGGUGAAGACAUUCAAACGAGAGGACAUGAAGGAGAGACAAGAGAACAUGCUGGCAAGGAAAUUAAUGUAGAUUUGAUCUCAAAAAAAUUUCCUACUGACAAAGAACUCUACAGUGAACCUCUUAGUACAGCUGAAAAGAUCUUCAUUAUUUCAAAUGGGCCAUGCCAACCACCAGGUCCAUUUCCACAGCAUGGCCAGUCAAACAGACGUUUCUCAAAAACCUACUAUUCAGAAUUGAGUAAAAGUGGCCUAAAACUGCAGCGGAAAUGGCUGUGCUACUCGCCAACUUCAGACCAAGCCUACUGUCAACCAUGCUGGCUUUUUUCUCAGGACAGAGAGGGAGGAUGGGUGAGAGGAGUUCGUGACUGGCAUAAUCUGAAAAGGAAGAUAGAAGUCCAUGAAGGUGCUGUUGGCCAUCAGGAGUGUAUGACUGUUCUGGAUCAUUGGCGGCUGAACAAAACAGUGUCAGCAGAAGCAGAAGCUGCGAUUAGGAAAGAGGCAAACUUCUGGAGGCAAGUGCUUGAUAGAAUCAUCAAUGUCACACUGACCCUGGCUACGUCCAACCUGGCAUUUAGAGGUCACAGGGAAGAUGUGAGCACAGGUGGAAAUCAUGGCAACUUUCUCUCUAUCAUCACCUUAAUUGCAAAAUAUGAUCCUGUAUUGCAAGAGUUGCUAAAUUAUUCCAGAGCGACAAACAAAGUACCUGAGCCCUGCUAUUCAAAAUGAACUGAUUGAUAUACUCUCAGAAAGCAUCAAGGAAGAAAUAAUAAAGGAUGCCAACACAGCUGCAUUUUUCUCUGUCAUCAUAGACACAACACAGGAUGCUGGCAAGACAGAUCAGCUCAGCCAGGUAGUCCGCUUCGUUUCUGUUGAGACCGACGAAAAGGAUCAGCCAGUUGAAAUAAAAAUACAUGAAACAUUCUUGGGCUUUCUGGUGGUGGAGGAUCAGUCUGCAUCUGGCUUCACACAGACUAUUUUGAAUGCUAUGGAAAGCAAUAAACUGGACCUCCUAAAAUUGCGAGGCCAAGGUUACGAUGGAGCUGCAACCAUGAGUGGUGUCUACAGUGGUGUGCAAGCUAGAAUUCAGGCUUUACAGCCAAAGGCAACUUACGUUCAUUGUGCUUCCCACAACCUGAACCUAGUCUUGAAUGAUGCAAUGUCCAAUAUUCCAGAGGUAAGGAACUUCUUUGGAGUUGUGGAAAGAAUAUACAUCUUCUUUGCACAUAGCAUCAAACGCUGGCAUACAUUAGCUCACUUAACAUCUGGAUCAAAAACGACACUGAAGAAACUUUGUCCGACCAGAUGGUCGUCACAUCAUGAGGCACUAGUAGCCCUUCAGUGCCGCUUCACAGAUAUCCUCAAAGUGCUUACUGAAAUAAUCCUCCUAAGCAAGAAGAAAGAUGAAAUCUCAGAAGCCAAAGCUUUGAAAUCCAAAAUGGAGUAGUUUCAGUUUGUCUUCCUUACUGUGCUGCUGUCUAACAUUUUAGGACCUGUUAAUGCUGUUUCAAUGAUGCUACAGUCCCCAGAAACCGACCUCAGCAAAGCAGCAACCUAUCUCCGAACCAUUCACACUAAUUUGCAAGAGAACAAAAAUGAGUAUGACUCCCUCCGUGAAACUGCAGCAAAAAUGUCAGAAAAGUGUGGAGUAUCCCAGGUGUUUGAGGAGCAACGUGUGCGAAAGGUGAAGAGGUUUCAUGAUGAGCUAUCUGAGGAUCAAAGGCUAACAAAUGCAGAGGACUGUUUUAGAGUAAAUGUGUUCCUCUGUGUGCUGGAUAUAGCUUCCUCACAAUUGAAACAACGCUUUGAGGGCCUACAUGAGAUUGUUACUAUCUUCAGUGCUCUUCACCCAUCAACACUGACAUCAGCAACUGAUGAGGACUUAAUUGAAGCAGGAGAACUUUUGGUCAGUAAAUAUGACAUGGACUUGACUACCUCUCUUCCAAGAUACUUGAUACAGUUUAGAAAUUUAUUGAAAGAAGAGAUUUCAAAAAAAAAAACAACUAUAAAGGAAGUUGCUGAACUGCUCAUGAUUGACAAUUGUGGCCUUUGCAUCAGUUACCCUGAUAUCUGCACAGCAUAUAUGCUUUUCCUGACCCUACCCGUAACAGUGGCAUCUUCUGAGAGAUCAUUCUCAAAACUGAAGCUCAUCAAGAACUACAUGAGGAGUUCCAUGUCUCAGGAAAAACUCAGUAGCCUUGCUCUGCUAUCCAUUGAAAAUGAAAGAGCAAAGAAACUGGAUAUACAAAAGAUAAUAGACAACUUUGCUGAACUGAAAGCACUCAAGAAGCCAUUGAAUUAAGUUCUGGAUGGUGGGUGUGAGAUAUCAUAGUUGGGAUAUGUGCAAUGUGAAGUUCUUCAUCAAUACUGUUUUAAUAGUUGGUUCUGUUAUUUAUGUGUGCAGUGUUAACUGUUCUUCAUUGAUACUGUUUUUAGUUGGGUCUGUUGUUAUGCACACCUUGUAACUGUAGUUGGAAUAUGUGCAAUGGGUAAAGUUCUUCUGUUGUAUUA